AUGACAUUUGAUCUGGCUGCCGCUUAUCCACACUCCACAUUUAUAGGCCUUGAAAUAUUUCCUUCACAUCUUUCCUCACCGCCGCCUUCACCCUCUUCGCCGUCGAUUGAACCCCCCAAUGCCACCAUCCUACAAACUCAUCCGCUAACGUCGCCUCAAAUCCCAUUCCCAGAUGAAUGCUUUGAUUUUGUAUAUUUUCAUUCCUUGAUGCCCACUACCGAACUACGCGAUUGCACGGAUGGUUCACGUGAUAAUUCCCGUGAAUUUGAAGGUUGGUUUAGAGGAAGAAACGCGUAUUGCGAAUCUCAAAAAGAUUUGCGCGAUCGUUUUCACGGGGAAAAAGGGCUGGUAAAAGAUAUGAUCCGGGUGUUAAAGCCGAAUGGAUGGAUUGAGUUUAUGAGGAUCGAGAACAUGUGUGCUUGCGAGUUUGGAAGUGUCACGAGAAAAAUGAUUAAUGGUUAUCUUGGAUAUAUAGACGCAAGUGCUAUUGAUACAUUAAAUCUUAAAAACUCGAAAUCUCUUCUCACCUCCAACAAAAGACUUCGUAACGUCACUAAUGAAUCCAAGGAUACUUUAUUGGGAGCCAGAGGUGGACGAAUUGGCGAAUUG